AUGAACACCGACUUAUCGACUUCGCCCCUUCCACCCUUUCCGCAAUCGGAAGCUUCUGAGGAUUAUCAAAGUUUUAUGGAAUCCAUCAAACCACCAUAUCCACCUCGUCUUAAGCCACAAGACCUUUUACCUAAGCUCCAAGGCGGAAAAAUACGAAAAAUUCCAAAUGCGUUCAUAACUUACCGAAAGGAACUUUGUUCGAAUUUAAAAACAAAAAACAUCUGCCUUACGAUGUCGGACGCUUCCUUUUGGGCAAGUAAACUGUGGUAUAAAGAAAGUACGAAAGUUAGGAUGACAUACCAAAACCUGACCAUGCAGGCCAAAGUGAUUAAUGAAAAAAUGUCAAAAUCUCCAAAGAGACCUAAAGUCAAGGAUAACAAUGCUGGACUGCAGGGCAGGCCCUCUACAGAUCAUAACGCCUCGGUUGGUGAACCUAUGCAUAUGCACGGAACAAUGCAGACCACGGGAGGAGAGACCAUAUUUGAUGGUUAUAGAGUAUUAUGUUCGAGUCCUUCGACUGCGGAACAAUCUUCUUCAACUGCUUCUUGGUUAUAUCAAAAUCCCGCGCAUUCGUUAAAUUCGCUGUAUGUACCGCCAACCUCACAAUUUGAUCAUCGCGAUUCACCUUUAUACCUGUCUCCUAUGUACUUUCCUUCGACUCACUUUCCUUAUGAUGCUCAACAAACUUCAUCUACUUCUGAAGAAAUUGGAUUUGGAAGAAAAAUUCAGGAAGCUUGUGAUCCGUACUAUUACCAAUAA